GAUUGGUAUGGGUGUUUCUGAAACUCCAAGUACAAUAAAACCUCUUGUGGCGGCCAUCACUUUUCAUCAGUUAUUUGAAGGUAUGGGCCUAGGAGGAUGCAUCGCCCAGGCAAAGCUCAGAACCAGGGCAGCGGUGAUAAUGGCAGUUUUCUUCUGCCUGACAACGCCAAUUGGGAUAGCAACAGGCAUUGGAGUAACCAACAGCUACGACGAAGAUAGCCCAAAAGCACUCAUAGUUGAGGGGAUUCUGAACGCAGCCUCCGCUGGAAACAGAACCAAAAUCUGGAAUGGAGAAGGAAGAUGAGCCAACCAGGAUUAUCACGAGUCGGGGUCGAGCUAAUC